GGUGUGUUGGGGAGCGUAGUCGAUCCUCUUGCUCUCCAUCUUGGCUGAGCUGACCUGGAGUCUAGCUUGAUAGAGGGCAGUGAAAGCGCAAGCCCGAAGACAUGGAAGUACCCGAUGGCAGUGAGUAUGAGAAGAGUCCCCGGCGAAUAUCCGAGUAAAGCGCGCGGGAGCCGGGCACUGUAAUCCGGCCGACGUCGAGCUCAAAGGCAUGUAAUAGUCGCGAGAAAACCUCCCCCUCCCCCCCCAAUCGCCCCUCCGACCCUCCCCAAAGCAACAGCAGCAGAACCCCCUCCCCCUCCUCCUCCUCCCCUCUCCCUCCUUCGUGACAAGCAGUAGAAGAGGAAUGGUAUAUUGUUUUUGUUUUACAUUCAUCGUGUUAAGGAUGUGAAGAGGAUUCCUUUCUCCAUAUGCUGGCCAUCGUGUUAAAGUGGACACUACUUUUUCUAAACUUUUUUCAUUAUGCUGAGUGCUGAGAAAGGAAUUUUUCUUUUAUUUAUCGUGUUAAGGAUCAGGAGAGGAACCUUUUCUGUGUAUUUUUUAUCGCGUUGUGUGAAUAGAAAAGAGCUCGUUUCAUCUAUUUCCUUUUUUGUCCUGGUAAGAGCCGGAAGAGGAACCUUUUCUGUUUAAUAAUUGUGUUAAGGAAGAAGACUUUCUAGAGGUCCUGAACAAUUGCUCAGCGACAGAGUUAAGCACUGGAGGCUGCCUUUGUCCCUGGGACUUGUUGGGGACUUUCCUUAAGAUGAACAGUGAGUCCUCGAGAAAAGUGAACUAGUCACUUUCGCUUUCGUGAAAUGCUUCGAGUGUUUUAGAAGUGACAGUGACCGGGCGUGCUACAGGAUUUUUUUUUUUUUUUCCUUCCCUCGGAGUCUCAUAACCGGACUCGGAGGAAGGAAGAGAAGCGUCGAUUUCCUUGAUCCUUUAAGGCGUAGCAUGAGAAUCUCCUUGUCAGAUAUGAAACACGAUUUUGAUGUUUAGUUUUGAGCUUAGUAGUGUGACCUAUAUGUGAACCUGUCUCUCAUGUGUCUCUUAUGCAUUUAUUUGUUUAGUUCUCUAGGUACGUUCCAGUAGUCAAUAAGGUUUUCUUGAGCAACUUUUUCUCGGGUCUGGAAGCACUCUUGAACAUUUUUGGAAAACGGCCCAGCAAGCAGAAGUGCAAGCAAGCUCCUGCGCCCGAGCAAGUAGUAAAUAACCGUGUCUAGAAUAAGAAAUAAGGCGUAAAACAGUAUCCAAAUGCCCUCUCUCCUCACCCCGUUUUUUCUAAUGAUUUUGUUGUUUAACUUUGUCCUCUCCUUGGCCAUUUUGCCUUUUUAGUUAUUUAGUUUUAGUUUUGGAGGGUUGUCGCUGAAGUGACAACGCCUUGCCAAGAGAGGCGUGGUGAGAAGUGCUCGAACAACGCCGCAUUCACCUAGCCUAGAAACAGCCCCUAUACCUCGCCCAACCCGACCAAUACAAAUAAAAAACGCCAUGAAUCCCUCCUCGCGCGACACCUGUUGCUCUUCCAGCCCGAACCUGAGUACUAACCCGAGCCCUCCCCCAGUGCUGACCGCGCCCAGGGGACAUAUCACUGGCCCGAGGCAGUACGGGUUGACACUGCCGGGGCACCGCAGGACGCUCAGUGGACCCCCCCUCCCGCCCCCCGCCAGCCUCCCCGUCCUCCCCGACCCCACCGCCCACACCAUGAGCGUCGAGGUGGGCACGCCGGGCACGCCGGGGACCACGCCCACGCAGCCCCUCACGCACCACUUCCACGCCACGCCGGACCACGCCACCGUCGCGCUCCAAGCUAUGAACAAGCUCAGGAUGAACUCGCAGCUGUGCGACAUCGAACUUGUAGCUGGGGCUGUGUCCGUCUUCGCGCACAGAGUGGUACUGGCUGCGGCUUCAGCUUAUUUUCACGUCAUGUUUAAUAGCGACUUGGUCGAGAAGACGCAGGAGAAGGUGACGCUGCAGGAGCUCGACUCAACCGCGCUCGAGCUCCUCGUCGAGUACUCCUACACGGGCGAGAUCGUCAUCACUGAGGACAAUGUGCAGGUGAGGAUCGGGAAUUUCCCUUUCUCGCUCUAUACGAGGGCUGGAAGGGUGAUCCGUCUUCUCCAACACGUCCGGCUCCCGUUGCUGUCGCGCGACUUCCUGACCUCGAACGUUGACGCGGAGCCGCUGGUAAGGGAGAACUCCGCGUGCCAUCACCUCCUCCUCGAAGCCCUCAAGUACCACCUCCUCCCCGAGCAGCGCGCCACACUCACCUCCCCACGCACGCAAGAGAGGCAGCCGGAGGGCGUCAAGCCGUACCUGUUCGCUUGCGGUGGAGGGAGUCUGUUCGCCAUCCACAGUGAAGUCGAGUGUUAUAAUCCCCGCACUGAUCGAUGGAUGCCAGUCGCUUCCAUGAAUUACAGAAGGUCCCGCGCGGGUGUCACCUCUCUUGGCCGCUACCUGUACGUUAUGGGCGGCUACGACGGGGCGUGUGACCUGUCCUCGGCUGAGAUGUACAACCCUGGCCUCAACAAGUGGCUCAACAUUACAGCCAUGGGCACUAAGCGGUCUUGCCUGGGUAUCGGUACGACGGAUGGGCUCAUCUACUGCGUUGGGGGAUACGACGGAGCAUCUUGCUUGAGUAGUGUGGAGAGAUACGACCCCCUCACGGGCACAUGGACCUCCUGCCCUGCGAUGGCCACCAGGAGGCGCUACUGCAGGGUAGCCGUUCUUGACAGCUGCCUCUACGCCCUUGGCGGCUUCGACUCCACCAACUACCAGUGCACGGUCGAAAGGCUGGAUCCGCGGGUGGGGAAGUGGAUGUCCGUACCGCCCAUGAUGAGCCGGAGGAGCAGCUGCGGGGCGGCGAUCAUCGGGGGAAUGCUGUACUGCGUGGGCGGCAACGACGGCACCAUGUGCAUGGCGUCGGCCGAGCGGUUCAACCCGCGGAGGAACACGUGGGAACCCAUCACGGCCAUGCACUCGCGCAGGUCGACGCAUGAGGUAGUGGAGAUCGACGGCUUCUUGUACGCCCUCGGGGGCAACGACGGCUCGUCCUCCCUCAACUCCAUGGAGCGCUACGACGCCAAACUCAACAAGUGGGUCCUCGUCACGUCCAUGCUGGCGAGACGGUCUUCCGUUGGUGCUGCGGUGUUGGACUGCCUGCAGCUGGAGAAAGGCCUCAACAAAUCUACCUGACAGGUGGACCGUUACCCUUCCCUCUUGUCCUAAUUAGACCCAGGUCAUACCAUGGGGUCAUCUACUUACCAUGGACCAAAUUUGAUUAGAUAAUGGCCUUUCACGUAGACUCAUCUAGUAGAACUCUCAUUUUUCAGAGGGGGGGAAGGUAGUCCACUGUACUUACGUGGAUGACUGAAAAACUAGUCAUGUGUGUUUUUGGAAUUCCUUUGUAAUGUUAAACUAGUCAUAUAUGUUCCUAUGUAGUUGCAUUAUCAGUCAUAUCAAAAUCCUCACUUGUAUAAGAGAAACUAGUAAGACUUGGAGAAUGGUAGAGGAAAUGUUUGAUAUGCAUUGCCGUUUAUCUGUUAGAUCUCAGAAAAAGAGAUCCAGGAAAAUAAGGAUUUCAAUUUCUUCAACAACGUUGUGGAUACUGUCCUCGACUUUGCACCAUAUUUAUGUGUAAUCUCAGUAGCAUUUAGAUAUUUUUACAGCAUAUACAACAACAACGAGUAAAACAAUAAAAAGAAAAGUGUGAAAAUAUAGUACCAUGAAUUUCAAGACUAAACAAACAGACAAACAACACACUUACUAAAACUGCUAUUUGCCAUAUAGAAACCUUUCAUCUUUUGAAGGUAUAUAAUCAUUAUUUACAACUAUUUGAUGCAAAUACACUUUUACAGACAACAGAUCCUGUAGAGGACAACAACAUCAAAUUUGUGAUUAACCUGAACCAUUUAUCAAUACAUAGAUAUUAACACAGAUAGCUAUACAUACACAUAUAUCUCCAUUUGAAACGCCGAACAAAAUUUUGUCUAUGAAAC